AUGAGAGAAGUUGGCACAAAGAGGUUACGGGAUGAAGGGUCCAAGUUAGGCAGAAAAGAAAACGUUGCCAGUUGCUGGGGAAGAAAGGAAGUCAGAGGGCUUAGACAUGGAGGGGACAGAAGAUUUCCAUGCGCACUCUCAUCUCUUGUAGUCAGCAACAGGUAUCUGUGUGGAGGGCUCUGGAUCAUCCGCUACCCUGAAGGAUCUGGAAACCGCUCACACCCUCCCCCCAACCCUAAUGAUUGCUCUCUCUACCUCUCCCCUCAAUCCUCCUCCAACUCCUCCUGUCUUCACGUGCCUCAGAGCAGAUACCAAGAGGUAAGAGUCGCCCUGGACUCGAGUUAUAUAACAAUCAGUCGACUGAAUAAAAGCAUCGAGUCAUUGGAAAAGCAAGAAAGCCAGCAAAACCGGGGAGCCCUAAAGAGGCAAUUACAGGUGAGUGGAGGGUGUGAAGUUCCCUCCUGUCCUCUGGAGAAUGUUGCUUUCCUCCUCUUUCAGCAUUUGCUUGGCUUUUCUCCUAAAGGUUCAAUUCAGAUAAUUAGAAUCUUGAUGUUUGAGAAAGCAGAAUUGAAGACAGCACUGUAUCACACUGAACGUGCUGCCAGGCAGUUUGAAGAAGAGGCCGAGGAUCUGGCCAGCCAUCUGCUGUAUUCCUGGCAGCAUGUGGGAGAGUUGGAGCAGGAGCAGAGGAAGGCAGAUAGGUACAACAACCAGUUAACCAGAGACAGCGAUGCCCUCAGGCUGGAGUUAUACAAUAACAGCAAUAAGGAGCUGAAGCAGGAGAACUCAGCUUUGGCAGAGCAGCUUCAAGUUGUACUGAUUGACAAGGCAGGGAUGCAGUGUGACUUGGAGGAGCUGAAAAAGAAACUGGAACUCACUGAGCUCACGCUUCAACAGUUGUCUAGCUGGUGUGAAGCCCCUGAUGCUAACCAGCAGUUACAGCAGCCCACAGACGAAUGGGCACAGCUGGAAGCACACCUGGGGCAGGUGAUGGAGUGGCUGAAGUAUCUGCAAAUGGAGAGAGAGCAGUAUGCCGAGUGUCUGCAUGGAGAGAGUGCCAUGUGGUGGCAGAGGAUGCGGGAGAUGUCAGAGCAGGUGCACACGUUGAGGGAGGAGAGAGUGCAUAGCAUGAGUCGAGUACAGGAGCUGGAGACGAUCUUGGCUGAACUAAGGAACCAGAUGGCUGAACCCCUGCCCCCGGAGCCUCCAGCAGGGCCCUCCAAAGUGGAGCAGAAGCUACAAGCAGAGGCUGAGCACCUGUGGAAGGAGCUGGAGAAUCUGGUGGAGCUGAAGAACCAAGAGGCUCAGAGCCUGCCGCAGCAGGGAGACCAGUGCCAAGGUCUCCUGCAGCAGUACUAUCAGCAGCUGAUCUCUGAGGAGGAGGCACUGCACAGGCAGUUAUUUCUGCAGAUACAGCUCGUGGACCAGCUGCAGCACCAGAGAAAAGAAAACUUGGCUUUAGCCAGUGCCGAAGAGGAGCAGGCACAGCUACAUGGGCAGCUGAAGGAGCAAAGGGUGCACUGCCAGCGCCUGUCUUACCCGGUGGCCUUGGCCCAGAAGGAGCCAGAGGCAGCAGCCUCAGCCCCAGGGACUGGGGGCGAUUCGUGUGGGGAGACCCACCGGACCUUGCAGGGGACCAUAGGGAAGCUGCAGAGCCGCUUUGUGGAGCUCAUGCAGGAGAAGGAGCGGGUGGAGAAACUGGAAUGUCGCUGCAUUCAGCUGUCUGGACAAACAGACACCAUCAGUGAGCGAGAGGUCAGGGCACGGCAGGGGGAGCUGCAGGGUGGUCAGAGGGGCCCCAGUGUCUGAGCCCUGUCCUCCUGCGGGAAAGUACAUCACAUCAUACCAGAGCCAGAGGUCAGUGCUGAAGACGUGGACCGGGAGAAUGAGUACAUAAGCAGGCUGGCUCAGGACAAGGAGGAGAUGAAGGUGAAGCUGCUGGAGCUGGUGUUGCAGCUUGUGGGCGACUGCAACAAGUGGCAUGGCAGAUUCCUGGCAGCUGCCCAGAACCCUGCUGAUGAGCCUGCUCCAUGGGACCCAGCCCCCCAGGAGAUUGGGGCUGCCAGCAAGCAGGGUGGUCUCCCACAGUGUGGAGCCUGAACAAGAAGAGGCUGGGGAGGGUUUUCCCCACGACAGCCCCACCGCACAGCAGAUCAUGCGGCUGCUUCAUGAGAUGCAGAACCCCCAGGAGCGCCCAGGCUUGGGCAGCAACCCCUGCAUCCCCAUUUUUUACUGAGCUCAGGAGAGCAAGAUGAAGGUAACAAUCAUCUAAAAGCCAGCCACUGUCAGCAAAGCCUGGAGAAAUGGGACCAGAGAGUCUGCCCCUACCAUGUCCCUGCCACCCCUUCCCAGUUACCCCUUUACCCUUACAGUAGCAAAAUAAGACCCCUAUCUAAUGAGGGAGACAGGUGCAGAUGAGGUGAAGAUCACUGUCAUCUAAAAGCAGGCCACCAAAUUUAAAAAAAAAAAAGUUAUGGGAUUAAAGAAAUUAUGAAAAAAGCUGUAGGUAAAAUGUUAUGAAAAAAGUUAGUUAUGGAAAAAAGUUAAGGAAAAAAGUUAUGGAAAAGUUAUAGAAAAAAAGUUAUGGGAUUAAAAAAUAGUCAUGGAUAAAAAUUUAAAAAAUAAAAAAUAAUAAAAACAGGCCACCGUCAGCAAAGCCUGGAGAAGUGGGGUUGGAGGCUGUGCCCCUACCAUGUCCCUACCACCCCUUCACAGUCACCCUUUUACCCUUAGAGUAGCAAGACAAGCCGCCUGUCUAAUGGGUUGAGACAAACAAGUGCAGACCCUUUGCCGCCUUGGCCAGGGCUGAGUCCUUAAAUUUCUGGAAGAUGAUUAUUGUUAUUUAAGAGCUAGAGGCUCAGAGUUUAUUUCUUUCGAGGAAGCCUCAUGGCCUCUCUGAUGGCGUUAAUCCCACCAAAGCAAUUUUUCCCUCAUGGGGGCUCCCAUUUUACUCAGAGAGGCAGCUGAGGCAGGACAAUGGAGCUAAUGUAGACCAGGCGAGGGCAUGAGCUGCUGGAGGUGGGUCCCCUUCCCCAGUGUACAUAUUGUAUUUGUGUAACAUUUUGUAUAUUUUGGGGGUAGGGCUGCCCCCUGUAUCAUACAUAGCAGAGGUUGGAGUUGGCACAUGGGGAGGAGGUUCUAAUAAUUAUUUGUGGCUGGGAAACUUAUUUGAUAGCAUAUGACAGAGGAAGGAGGCAGGGAUGGGGUUGUGGCUCCCUGGUGAUGAGACUCCUGUUUAUUUUGCUUUUCAUUUUGGAAUAAAUAGCUUUUGGCCAUACUGCUCAUCCUGGUGUGUUCCUGUUUCCUUCACUGGCUCCUGGAGUUUGUGCCACUGAAUGGGGAGCCCCAGAGUGUCUGAGCAUGUCCAACUGGGCUGAUGGGGACCUUCCAGGCCUGUUUCCUGGAUGCUGCCUGGUGACACCUGGGGGAUUCCACGGGGACUGCCGUGGUGCCUGUGGGGCACAGUCCAGCCCUGACAGCCAACAGGCUCAGAAUCCUGAUCUAGCGGUGGCCAGGAAGGCAGGUACCAGCACCCAAGGGCACUGACUUCCAUCCAGCCCAGGCAUCUUCCAUUCCAUCCUCCUGCCUCCCUUGCCUGUCUGCAUCUGGUGGCCUGUUCUGUCUGUCCCUCCAGAGUGCCAGGUGCCCUGCAGGCUUCCUCCAGGCUGAGUUCAUGGCCCUGCGCCCUAGUGGCCAGAACCGGCUUCACAGGAUGAGCCAGCUAAGCUCCAGGGGCUUUCCAGGAAAAGUGUCCUUUGGAAAGGAUGUGGCCUUUUCACUGCUCCCAACAGCACCCUAGUAAUGGCUUGGCCCUUUCCCUCCCCUGAGCUCCACUGAAAACACAGCUAGCAGAGGACACAUUUCCCAUCAUUCAGGAUGGGUUUGAUUCUCAGCCGAGAGACAGCAGGACUGGUAGAGACUAUCAGGCCACAUGGCUGCCUACACAGUACACCCAUGCUUGGCGGGGGACUGAAGUGAUGGUGGGGGCUGGCUGUCCACAGGCUGGGCACGACAGGGAGGCUCACUGAGGUGGCACACUUUGGAGGGGCAACAUUCCUGUUGGCUACUGAAAUCUUCCUUUGGGCAGUAAGUUGAAUGUCAAAAUGAGGAACCAUGGGUCAUUUUACCUUGAUGUGAUAUACCUGGCUCCUUGCCAAAGGAUACCUUACUUUUGGUUUUGCUAAGGGAAGAGGAGACAAAACAUGAAGGCACUUGUUGACUAAAAGGAAGUCUUAAAAAAUACUUCAGCAUUGAAAAGAGAAAUGGAAAAACUAGAAAAUAAACCGUACUUCACAGAAGCUCAAGAGAAAAAGUUCCCUCUUUCCAUAUGGCCCACAGAUGCCAACAGUGGGAGAGGGUGGCAUGUUUAAAAACAGGCAGAAUAAGAACCUAUUCACAAGCCAGAGAUUUGGAAGUGACAUCAGCUACCCCUCUCCAGAUAUAGGGGAAAGUACAGAUCCUUGGAAACCCUAGACCUCACUCUAUGUUUACUGGAUUCUCUUUCGAGCAGCAGCUUAGAAAGGCAAAGAUGGGGACGAUUUUAAAUUUCACUUCCUAUGAGUUAUGCAGCUUCUUGCUAAGCAUGGCUGAGAGUUUAUUUGGGCAGGAGAGAUUAUGUGCCAAUCAAGGAACCUAAGAGGAGCCUACUCUGAAGAAUGCUGACAGCAUCAAAAGGUGUGGAGGAGGAGCUGGAAUAAAACAUCCAAACUCCAUAGACUCUAGGGCACAUCUUGGGAGAGGUUCCAAAUGUGGGCCCUAGUGAUGCCAUCUGCAGCAGAGAGAGCAAUUUCCAAAGAAGAUGUGAUGAGGAACCAUAAUUUGAUGGUGAAAUAUCUUAUAUCAAAUUUUGAUAAUAGUACAUAACUCUGUGUGUGUUAAUUCCAUUAAUAUGUAUUAUUUCAGGAAAAGUGGAUAAAAUCUAAUCAUCUCUUCCACAAUAUGUGCAUAUAAGUGAGUGAGGAUGCCACAGCUGCCUACCUAGCAAUCCUAAAUUAUCCAACUAGCACUCAGGGGAGCCAUAAACUUUAAGGGUCUAUAUGUUUAGCCACAACUCAGGUCGCUGGGCUCCCUAGCCCAAGUAUAGUUUCAGCCAAUCUGGCAGCCGUGGACCCAAAUUUGAGGUGAUCAAAAUCAGUCUUCCUCUGAGAUAUACACAGAAUGCCCCGCCCACCCCAGCCUUGCACCCAACUACAGCCCAACUUACAAGUUAAUUAUCAUGAUCCCUGCCCUUUGGAGAGCAUCACAUAAUUCACAAGCAGCGGAUGAAGAGCGGGGAGUUGGUUUCAUUCAUCUUUUUCCUCUUUAUUUCUAGCCUAGUGCAUGGUAUGGUCAGGCUCUGAACACUUAUUUAUUACGGAAUAAAGGAGAAAGGGGAGAAGAGGGAGAGAGUUGGAAGACAGCUAAAAUAUGCUUGUGUCUAAACAAUGAAAAGGAGAGAGAAUACUGCAAGAUGACUCUUUCCCCUCUUGAAGCACUCUUAGUAACCUCAUGUCUGUUUCUUUCCUUACUCUUGCCCUUAUCCUUCUUCCAGCGACCCAUUCUGUCUCCAUUUUUGAUGUCACUAAUCUCUUCCUGUUUGGGGCCUUAUUUCUACCCCUAUUUGCUUGCAAGACUAUCUACCUUUCUUUUUCUCAUUCUCUGCAUAUCUCAU